UUAUUUGUCCUGCUAAAAAAAUCAUCAACUUCAGUUGUCGUUUUUACUCCAUCAACAAUAAAUUAAAGAACUUCGAAAUUUCUGGAUUCAUCGAUUUAUCCCAAGAAAUUGACAGCUUAAGAAAACUCUGAUUGAAUCUGCUUCUGCUUCACCUUUCUGAACCAUUUUCAGAUUCCGACCAAUCUUUCCACUCGCGUUCGAGGCAUGCUCGGGUAUCCUGUUCUUGAGGAACUCAAAAACUGCCGAACGAACAUCGUCUGUUUAAUCCAAUUUAUCUUCUCCUUCUGAGCUCAUCAUUCUCUUCGGAGUUUAAGGGCUCGGCCAAAGUUAUCGUUUUUGGCUUAGUUUCUGAUUUGGGUUCUCACGUCAAGCCACCAUGCUUCUGGUUUCGCCUCCCGGUAGAGGUGUUGUUUAUCCUCACUCCAUUGCUUCCAACCCGAUUGAUUUUUCUGCUAGAGGCUCUUAUGCACUUGCCUUUCAGAUUCCUCGUCCGAUUCUUAAAAAAGAGUGUUCAAUGAGGUUCGUUUGUUUCAAUCAGAAGAAGCCUAAACAGCACCCGAAUUUCAAGAAACGGCAUGUGUCUACACAGAACGUGGAUCUUCCUCCUGUUUUACCAAAGAACAAGAAAAAACCUUAUCCUAUUCCUUUUAAGCAAAUUCAGGAAGCAGCUAAGAAAGACAAGAAACUUGCACAGAUGGGGAUAGAGAAGCACUUGGACCCUCCCAAGAACGGCUUGCUUGUCCCCACUCUUGUUCCUGUCGCCUAUGAAGUCAUAGAUAACUGGAAGUUGCUCAUCAAGGGUUUAGCGCAGCUUCUCCAUGUUGUUCCCGUCUUUGCUUGCAGUGAAUGUGCGGCGGUUCAUGUGGCUAGUGCUGGUCACAAUAUUAGGGAUUGCAGUGGUCCAACAAGUUCACAGCGACAUGGUUCUCAUUUGUGGGUCAAAGGCACCAUCAAUGAUGUUCUGGUUCCUGUUGAGUCGUACCACAUGUAUGACCCUUUCGGGCGGCGUAUAAAGCACGAAUCCCGGUUUGACUACGAAAGAAUCCCAGCGGUUGUUGAGCUAUGCGUCCAGGCUGGUGUUGAGAUUCCAGAGUAUCCUUCUCGCAGAAGAACACAACCAGUUCGAAUGAUGGGAAAGAGAGUGAUCGAUCGAGGUGGAUAUGUAAAAGAGCCUGAUAAGCCUUGCAGCUCGACAUCUCCACUAGCUGAUCUCGACACACUUGGUGCUUGCGAGAGGCAUCCACCUCCCACACCAGAGAAGGUAUCUAAGAUAGCACAGGAAACAAUGGAUGCUUACGAGAAAGUGAGAUGGGGUGUGACCAAACUGAUGAGGGAGUACACGGUGAAAGCAUGCGGAUACUGCUCUGAAGUGCAUGUAGGACCAUGGGGACAUAGUGUGAAGCUGUGUGGAGAGUUCAAACACCAAUGGAGAGACGGGAAACACGGAUGGCAAGAUGCUCUUGUGGAGGAGGUCCUUCCUCCUAACUAUGUAUGGCAUGUGAGAGACCUUAAGGGAACUCCGCUUACCGGAAAUCUCAAGAGGUUUUAUGGUAAAGCCCCUGCUUUGGUUGAGGUUUGUAUGCACAGCGGAGCUCGGGUUCCUCAAUGCUACAAGGCCAUGAUGAGGCUUGACAUCAUCGUUCCUGAUUCACAGGAAGCCGACAUGGUCGCGUAGGUCCUUUGACAUGUUCAUAGUAGAACACAAUUGUUAGGGUAAAGAAGCUUCAAAACAUGGCUGAUGAUGGAAUGGGCUCACAAAGCUAGAAUCUUUCAACAGUGGUGUUUGACACGUCUACCUAUGUACAAAAAUGAUUUUAUUUCAAUGUAAUUUACGCUAAAAUUUAUAAGUUACAUAUUAUAAAUUACAAAUAUGAUGAUGAUUCGUUGGGAAA